AUGGCUCAGAAGUUGGUGUUGAAGGUGUUGACAAUGACUGAUGAAAAAACAAAGCAGAAAGCAAUAGAAGCUGCAGCAGAUAUAUAUGGGGUGGAUUCAAUUGCUGCUAAUCUGCAAGAGCAGAAGCUGACAGUAAUAGGAGAAAUGGAUGCAGUUGCAGUGGUGAAGAAAUUGAAGAAAGUAGGAAAGGUUGAUAUUUUGUCAGUUGGACCAGCAAAGGAAGAGAAAAAGGAAGAAAAGAAAGAAGAGGCUGCUAAGAAAGAGGACAAGAAACCACCAGAGGAAAAGAAACCAGAAGAGAAGAAACCAGAGGAAAAGAAAUAA